CAUUGAGAGCACACAAAUUAAUGACAGUCUACACAUAGCAUUUAAUGUAUGAUGACGACGAACACAAGCGUCAGGUUGAACUUUUUCCUAUGCUCGUCACAGCCAUGUGCAAGUAGACACAUUUGACAAGAUAUAACUAUGACACUGAGUCUGCUGGGCCUAAUGCGGCCGGCUUUGUGCCGAUCCCUCGUCCCCAUGGUGAGGUCUCCUCAGCUGGUAGUCAUCUCCAGGGUCCAACUGCCGCUCCCAAAUAUCUUUCAUCGACACAUGGUUCCCCCUGCUGCCUCCUGCGUACGCUUCUACGCCACCAAGAAGAGUAAAGCUAAGGCAGCAAAGGGCCAGGCUUCCAAAGUGAACAUCAACUCCUCGCUGGUGGAGGACAUCAUCAGUCUGGAGGAAACUAAGGAGGAUAUGGCCGCCGUCCUCACCACCCUGAAGGACGACUUCAGCCGCAACCUGAGCAUCAGAACCUCUCCAGGAGCUCUGGAUCACAUCGUGGUGUCCACGGCAGACGGCAAGUUCCCACUGAACCAGCUGGGUCAGAUCUCCGUGAAGUCCCCUCAGCUCAUCGUGGUCAACAUGACUGGUUUCCCAGAGGCCGUGGCUGCUGCCACCCGCGCCCUACGAGAGAGCAGCAUGAAACUCAACCCUGAGGUGGAUGGAACCAUAAUCAGGGUGGCCAUUCCCAAGGUGACGCGGGAACACAGGGAGAACCUGGCUAAGCUAGCUAAGCAGUUCGGUAACAAGGCCAAGGAGUCUCUGAGGAGGGUGAGGUCCAACGCUAUCACUCAGGUGAAGAAGGCCAAGGACACCGUCUCCGAGGACACCAUCCGAUUGGUGGAGAAACAGGUUGGGCAGAUGGCAGACAGCUUUGCAGCAGAUGUAGACAAGCAGUUGACUACCAAGACGAAAGAGCUGUUGGGGUGAUGACGAUUAACAGCACCACAUCUUUAUUUUUGAUACUGUCACAUUUGCAACGGUUCCUCCUGCAUAUAUGACUGCACACGAUACUGGACACUAGUUGGAGGUUUGUUUGGCGUUCGUUGGGGGCUUGUUUGUGUGUUCCAGAAGUUGGCAUCGCACAACAGCGGCUGCUGGGUUCCUCACUCACUCUCGUCUUCAAACAAACACAGAGGGGAGAAAUUGACUUUUAAUGGCUUCUGGGAGCCUCCUAAUCAAACUGAUGCUACAGAGAGCUGUGUUUAUGUAGGAAGCACCUCUGAGACAUAGACGAUCUCCCAGAGGACAGGAAGAAGAGAUAUGUACGUGGUGCCAGCAUUUGUUUCAGAUUGACCCUUAAAGGGAUAGUUCAGCCAUUUUACACAUGACAUUUGUGUUUCCUUCCACUUGGCAGCAGCUUCUCGACAUAGUGACUGCAACCCUUGUAGCGCCACACCAAACUCACUGAUUGGUUCUGUCAGUUUGUCCAGGAUGAAUCCUACAGCUACCAAUGACAACACAAUAAAGUGGCUACUACCAUUCUGUAUGGGUGCCAUUAACUGAAA